CCUACAUCUGUCAAAUCAGGAUGAAAUAAUUAAACAAAUAUGAAAAUGGUAAACCGAUUUAAAUUUCACAUUGUACUGGCCAGGAAUAAACAGCUAGAUUCACUGUUCAAGAGCUUAUCCGAAUUAACAGAUUUGACUGUAAUAUAAUUUGAAUCUUUUUGGAACUUACUUUUAAAUUCCAGUGGGGAUGUCUUCCGAAUUAAAUGAAUAUUUGGAAUCGGUAUUAACAGACCUAGGAGGUUUAGGCCGGUACCAGUUCAUACUGACAUUAGUCGUCCUUGGGAGUAAAGCAACUGUAGCAUGGAGUGUUUUAAUGAUGGCUUUUGGUGGAGUUAUGCCUAACUGGUCGUGCGAGUGGCAAACAGAAUCUGGAGAAACAUUUAUGCCUAAUGCCACGUUUGAUAAAAAGUGUAGUUUGGAGAAUACAACUGAGAAUUUAGAUUGUGUAUCAAGAAAAUUUGAUGCGUCGAUGAACACCAUUGUAUCUGAGUGGGAUCUUGUAUGUGACCAAUAUUGGAUCGUCUCUUCUAUCACAACAAUACAGAUGUUUGGACUACUUAUCGGCGCAUUCGUUUCCGGGCACAUAGGUGAUUUGUACGGACGAAAAAAGACGUAUUACAUAUCGAUAAUAAUACUUCUUGUUUUCAAUGUUGUCGGUGCCUUUUCUACAAGUUGGCACAUGUUUGCUGUCGUGCGGUUCCUUGUGGGGGUAGGGUGUGGAUGGUACUUAACUAUAGAUAUUACAUAUCUGGCUGAAUUGAUACCUAUCAAAUAUAGAUCGGUGAUUCUCUCCUUACCAGUGUGGCCGAUUGGCGCCAUGUCCAAUGGACUCAUGUGUUAUUUCUUACAUGACUGGAAAUAUAUACAGAUUGCUGCUGCGGUUUGUUGUCUCCCGUGGUUUUUAGGAAUAUGCUUUAUAACAGAGAGUUAUCGAUGGCUUAUAUCACAUGGAAGAAUCGAGGAAGCUUACGAAGUGAUGAUAAAAAUAGCGAAAAUGAAUGGUAGAUCUCCGCCGAAUAAGCAGAAAUUAAUUGAUAUGGUAAACCUCAAUGAACACGUGGCAAAGGAGAAAAAAUAUACUUUAAUAGACAUCUUGAGGAAUAAGCAUCUAUUAAAAGUCACGGCAUUGCUGUCUUUCACAUGGGUUUCUUGUGGCUACGGGUUUUAUGCAAUCUCGUUCGGAGUUGCACAGCUGUCUGGCAAUCUCUACCUCAAUAUGGCUUUGCUUGGUCUCAUGGAGUCCACAUCGUUUGUUGUGUGUUACUUUGCAAACUGUCCACCUCGUUUGUUGUGUAUUACUUCGCAAACUGACUACUUCAAUAUGGCACUGCUUGGUCUCAUGGAGUCAACAUCGUUUGUUGUGUGUUACUUCGCAAACUGCAUUGGAAGGAAGAAAUCAUCUUUUGUGUUCUUUUUGUUAUCAGGUAUAACUGGUAUAACUGUCGGAAUCGUUCAAUUCCUAGAUUUGUCCAAUGAGGGUGCUUUGAUUAAUGGUUUAGCUCUAACAUGCAAACUGUGUGUUGCAUGUGGCUGGAUGGCUUUGAUAAUAUUUACGUCAGAGCUAUACCCCACUGUUGUGAGAAAUAUAGGUUUUGGAUUCAAUAAUACCAUGUCACGUGUUGGUUCUAUGAUAGCACCUCAAUUAAUAUUUGCAAGCUAUCGUAUACCAGGGAUAAUGUUCUUAUUGCUUGGCGGGUUGUUCAUCGUGUCAGCUUUCUGUCUUCUUCUGUUAAAAGAAACGAACAAUCUAGCAUUGAAAAAUACGAUAAAUGAUUUUUCACUUCCAGUCAAACAAAACGAAUCUCUGAAAAAGGUAGAUGAAAGUGAAACUCUGUUUUCUGAAAAGCGUUAA